CAGAAUACUCGUGCUAAUCACCUAUCCCGGGCGGUCUUGAAUAUAUGUUCUGAUGCUGUUAAAGGUGUAGGAUAGUCUUGCAAUUACAAGGGAAAGAAACGGUCUUGUCUACCAGUACAAUGAGAAAAUACUCGUCCCUCCUCUCCCUGGCCCUGGUCUGCUGCUGCUGGAGCGUACAGGCUGAAGUCUUCACCUCUAUAGGUCAAAUGACAGACCUGAUAUACACAGAGAAGGAGUUGGUUCAGUCCUUGAAAGAAUACAUCAAAGCAGAGGAGUCCAAACUAGAUGCUGUGAAAAGCUGGGCCAACAAGCUGGACGUGCUGACGCGUGCCUCCACCUUAGACCCGGAGGGCUACCUGGCCCACCCCGUCAACGCCUACAAGCUGAUGAAGAGACUCAACACGGAGUGGUCCGAACUGGAGAGCCUGGUGCUGCAGGACCCUUCAGACGAGUUUAUCUCCAACAUGACAGUACACAGGCAGUACUUCCCUGACCAGGAGGAUGAGAAGGGUGCUGCCAAGGCACUGAUGCGUCUCCAGGAUACGUACAAACUGGACUCUGAGAGUUUUGCCAGGGGCAAACUGCCAGGGAUGCACCACAACGCCAUCCUGACGGUGGAUGACUGUUACGACAUGGGGAAGACAGCUUACAACGAGGCAGACUACUACCACGCGGUGCUGUGGAUGCAGCAGGCCCUCAGGCAGAUGGAUGCAGAGGAGGAGCACGUGGUGUCCAAGGCCGAUGUCCUGGACUAUCUCAGCUACUCCGUCUAUCAGAUGGGAGACCUGUCCCGCGCCAUCGAGCUGACACGCCGCCUAGUGGCCAUCGACUCUAGCCACCAGAGGGCAGGAGGAAACCUGCGUUACUUUGAGAAGCUGCUGUCCAAGCAGCUGAACGAGCUGAACCAGGAGGGCCAGGAGCCAGCCACAGAGGAGCCCAUCCAGCUGGGGACCUACAAGAGACCCAAUGACUACCUGCCUGAAAGGGAGAUCUACGAGGCCCUGUGCAGGGGAGAGGGAGUCAAAAUGACCACUGAGAGGCGCAGACGGCUGUACUGCCGCUACCAUGACGGGAACAGGAACCCUCGUCUGCUGCUCCAGCCCAUGAAGGAGGAGGAUGAGUGGGACAGCCCACACAUCGUCCGCUACCUCAACGCUCUGUCAGACCAGGAGAUAGAGAAGAUCAAGGAGCUGGCCAAGCCCAGGCUUGCAAGAGCUACUGUUAGAGACCCCAUAACAGGCGUUCUGACCACAGCAAACUACAGGGUAUCCAAAAGUGCGUGGCUGGAGGGGGAAGAGGACCCUGUUAUUGAACGCGUCAACCAAAGGAUAGAGGACAUCACAGGUCUGACAACGCAGACUGCCGAAUUACUCCAGAUUGCUAACUAUGGGGUCGGAGGACAAUACGAGCCACAUUUUGAUUUCUCCAGGAAAGAGGAACCUGAUGCUUUCAAAACAUUAGGCACUGGAAAUCGUGUGGCUACUUUUUUAAAUUACAUGAGUGAUGUUGAAGCUGGAGGAGCCACUGUGUUCCCAGACUUUGGAGCAGCUAUCUAUCCCAAAAAGGGAACUGCAGUCUUCUGGUACAACCUCUUUAGGAGUGGAGAGGGAGACUACAGGACCAGACACGCUGCCUGUCCUGUGUUAGUAGGAAGUAAAUGGGUGUCCAACAAAUGGAUCCAUGAGCGAGGUCAAGAGUUUAGGAGGCCAUGUGGCCUGACAGAAGUGGACUGAACCGAACCUCUCACCACUGACCUCAGACUGGAGGUGUACACUCUACCUACAGUGCCUGAACAUUUUAUUGAUCUCUCUCUCUCUCUCUCACACACACACACACACACACACACACACACACACACACACACACACACACACACACACACACACACACACACACACACACACACACACACACACACACACACACACACACACACCCCUACUGUGGUAUCCAUUCUGGCUUUUAACAAUGAGUUGAGUCUUGGCUCUUCAGUACCUAUGCAGAUAAAAGGAGGUGGAUAUGUGAAUAUACUGUGGGUAUAUGGCGUUAAAGGCUCUAAUUUCUUGUUUUGUUUACUUGUUGUUUGUUUAGCAUUAUGAUUAUUAUUAUUUUUUUAAAUGACAUGCAUAAUCACAUACUGACAGCACAACCCUAUGAGAACUUACUGUUUUCUGUCCACUACAUUUGUAUUUACAGACUGCUUAAAUUAUUACACCGUAUGAUUGUGACAUUUUUUAAAUAUGGAAAAUGUGAACCACAAGAAACAGUGUCUUUUAUUAAUGCCCCAAUUCAGUCCUUUUCAUUUUAUUUUUCAAUUAUCACUUUGUCUACUAAAUCUCAGUGAGCCUCCUUGGGCCACUGAAAUGUUCAGUCUGACUGUGUUGGCGUGGUGAUAUAAAUUUGAAUAUAUUUACAUACAGGUCUGAUUGGUUGAUAGAAUCACCCCCUUACCCCUUCAAAAAUAAAACAAAGGCACAUGGUAUUCAA